AUGUUCAGCAGCAGGCGUUUGAAGAAGGCAUUCAAGAAUGACCGUAGUAAGUCAGAGAACGAACGAACCAAUCCGGAGAAUGAACCUAUUCGAAAUGGUUUAUCACCCCCUGUCAAGUCCCCCAAGAAAUUCUCCCUUAAAGUUCCAGAACUUGGAGUGAAAGGUCAGUAUUCCAAACUUUUUUCCGUGAGUGAGGUAAGUCGUUAUGGGAUGAACGGAAAGGUGACAACCUCGGCCUUCAAUUUUACUCAAAGUCUUUUAGCUUUGGCCACAGACACAGGUGAAAUUCACGUUUAUGGCCAGCAGCAAGUAGAGGUUGUAUUUACUUUGGAGGGAAAGAGUCAUAUAAAAUUUCUGAAAUUUGUCAAGGGUAUAUACUUGGUUGCCAUUGAUAGUAGAGAUGUCAUUAUGGUUUUCUCACUCUUCUCUAAACGCAUGCUGACAUCCGUGUUCAGUCCAGGCAAGAUUGCUUGUGUAGAAACGGAUCCCUCGUUGGAUUGGCUCAUGAUUGGUCUUCAAAGCGGAAUUAUCUUAUUUUAUGAUGUUGAUAGAAAUGUCAUAUCCAAUUUCAAGAUUGAAAAUCUACAAAAGACUCGUUUUUUCCCGAAGGACCGAAUAUCUGCAGUAAUAUCAAUGCAAUGGAAUCCUAGGGAUAUUGGUACUGUUCUCAUAUCAUAUGAUCAAGUCACCGUUACUUAUUCUCUUGUCGAAGCUGAUAUAAAGCAGCACUUCAUCUAUGAACUGCUACCUGGGGCUCCUGGAGGAGAUUUCUUAGACAAGCAAGGAAAAUUGAGAAGGCCAGGAGUAAAACAGUCUCUUUAUCAUCCGAAUUCUCUGCAUAUUUUAACUGUUCACGAGGAUAACUCAUUGGUAUUCUGGGAUGCCAACAGUGGUCAGCUAAUUCAAGCUAGAACACUGUUCGAAACAGAUGUCCAUAUAUCUCAAGAAGGGUUCCAAAAACCACUUAUCACGGCCCCACCUCGGAUUACUCAAGUUGCAUGGAUUUGUCAGAAAAAUCCUGAGUACACGUCUUUGGUGGUGUCGACGCAAAGUAAAGAAGUGGGUCAAUCAUUGACGCUCAUUGAACUAGGUGGUACCCCACUUUAUUCUAUCACCUCCUAUGAAAACAUGAGCAAAUAUUACGCCAACACUCGAUCACAGAGGAUUGUUCCUCUGUCGAAUAGCGCACCUAUAAUUGAAUUUCUACCAUUACCUAGCCAAUCUCCAUAUUUUUCUGGUUGUCACGAUCCUAAAGUCAUUCUCGUUUUGUUGUCAGAUGGUCAAAUAGAAACCCUGCUGUAUCCCUCAUCUCAUUUUAGCUAUAAAGCAUCUCUAUUUUCUCAAAGUUUAGCAUGGGUAAGACCUACUGCAACCAGGUCUCUAGCAGUCAGUGUGCCCAAAAAGCUAUGGCUAGGUAUGAUGUCUGCAGCGAAGUCUAGCGACAAUAUUCUGAAGGGUGGUGAGCCUUUAAAGAAAAAUGUGACGAAAAGCGAUGCUUGUUCUGCAUUGGCUACAGGGCAUAAAGAUGGCUCUGUACGAAUAUGGGACGCAUCCAGAGGUGAAAUUAGUGGCGGCUCGGUGUUUGAGGUUAAUUUGUCUAGAAUAUUGAAUAUGACUUCAAAAGCAAUCGACAAUAUAUCAUUUUCUACACAAACUCUGGAACUAGCAGUAUCUAUCGAGUCGGGAGACGUUGUUUUGUUCAAAUUCGAUGUCAACCAAUUUUAUAAUCCAAAUCCACAGAAGAGUGAGCGUGAGCUGGAAAUGAAUUUCAGAAGAUUUUCAAUAAAUAGCUCAAAGGAAUUAUUGGUCGAUAUUAGAGAUAGAUCGCCUGAAAACAUUAGACAGGGAUUCAUGCCUAUAACUGCUGUUCAUGCGAAUAAGGGUAAAGUAACUUCACUUACAAACAGCAAUGUGGGAUUUGUAGGAAUUGGUUAUCAGGAUGGAACACUAUUAAUUCUUGAUAGAAGAGGCCCUGCAGUUAUAUACAUGCAGGCCGUUGACAAGCUUCCGAACGUUCACAGCCAAUAUAUCACAGCAAUCGAAUUUGUUAUCAUGGAAUAUGCCGAUGAUGGUUAUUCCAGUAUCCUAAUGUUGUGUGGUUCCGACACAGGUGAGGUCCUAGUCUACAAGAUCAUUCCAGAAAAUGGGGGUAGAUUUGCAGCACAUUUUGUAGAAUCUCGCAAAACAAAUGACGAGGGACCAAUUACGAUGAUAGAUUCAUUUUCGAAAUCUCAAAACGAAAGCUGUUCAGCAAACAUUUCACAAAUGCGUAAUUUGAGUAGUGGGUUAGCCAUACCAGGGUACGUAAUUGUUUCAGGCAAGAAGGAUAUACGCGUAUGGAAAAUAGGGAAGUCAUUCGAAAGUCACAAGUCUUUCAAAUAUCCUGUAGCUGCCAGUGGAUUAGCUUUUAUUCCAUUCGUUAACAAUGGUGAGGUAAAGGUGGUCACUGUCGUGAUAGUCCUUCUUCUUGGCGGUGAUAUUAAAGUGCUGUCUAUUCCAGACGCCGGCGAAAUAUCAUCCAUGGUUUCAACCGUCCCCAUACAGGCGCGAUUUAUCCGUGAUAGCUCCGUUCUCAAAAAUGGUGAUAUUCUGAUAAGAACAAAUGAAUUUCAGGCUUCUCUACUCUCUACAGUGAAUGAGCAAGCUACAGGUAUCAGCGGUAACUCGACUUUGGAAGAAAAAGCCAAAACAGACUCUCUGUACAUACCUGGUAAGAAAAUCGCCUAUAGGCCGCAAGUUAAUUCUUUACAAUGGGCUAGAGGCACAAUUAACUGUACUACAGAUCAGCUGGAUACUCUUCUGGGAGGCGAGCAUAGACCUCCACGUAAGUACGAGGAAAGCGAAAUGGCAACGCAGACCAUUUCAGUGAAGCCAAAUGAGCCGGAUGAUGAGUCAAGGGAACAUUCAUACAGGCGCCCAACAAGAAGUGGUACCAGAUCAAGUCGCUAUGGCGUAUUCAGGAGUGUCUCCCGUGCUGUGGAGUCUCGUUAUGAUUCCUUAGAGGGAACAUUCAAUGAUUACGCCACUGCCGUCGGCGAAAGUGUAAACGAACUGGUCGAAGAAACCACAAAAGAUAUGGCUAAAGGUGCCUUUGGAUUGUGA